UGCGCAUGAUGUCCGCGCACCGGCUCCAGUAUCGGCGAAAUCAGCUGUUAUUCUAAGAAUUCGCUCGUUUUCGCGUUAUUGUUGCACGAAAUAAUUGAAAAAUAUUGUUUUUAAGGAGUUAUUUUUAGUCGAAUAAUUACGUAUCGUUGCGCCGAUCGAAAAGGUGAUCACACGGGUGAAGAAUAGUCGUUCAGUGCGAAAAUUUUUGGUUAAGAAGACAUCGCAACAACAACAACGGCAGUGUAGAAGCGGUGGGUUUUUCUGCCCGUUCGGAGAAUGAUUCGCGUGAGAAGUCUGAGCGAGUUAACAUACCCAAAACCGACGUUAACGGUUGCUACUACAAUCUCGAUAGUGAGCAGAGAAGAAAGUCCGGUCGAAGCGAGACGGGAGAUAAAUAAUGAUCCACCAAAAAACAAGGUUGGUAGGCCGAAGAAAAGUGAGACCCUGCGUCGUAAAGAGUAUACCGAGCGACUUUCGGUCGAAGAAAAGCGAAUAAGUAAAGCUGCGACAGCUGCUUACAUGCGAGAAUAUCGUGCGCGCCAAAAAGUUGGUACAUCUCACGACGUCACCGUCAAGAUAAAUCAGUUCACUUGCAACGUUCCACAACAAACGGAUAACACGAUCGCUGGGGCAGUAAGCUCACCGGUCCACGUCGAUGGUACUGAGAGGUUACGAAAGAGAAAAAAAAAAGUCAUUAAACGUGAAACCCUCGACACGAUCGAUCAACGACUAAAAGGAAAAAUUAUAAAAGAAAUCCGGAUGAGAGAUCGCCGAGCCAAAAAUAGAACUGCGCUACGCGACGAGCGUCAAACAAAUAAGUUGAAAAUUGAAACAGCAGGGUCUCUUGAUGACCAGCCUCUCGAAAAAAAACUUCGACGAGAAGCAAAAGUGGAAGAGGAAGAAGACAAAGUGAUGUCUUCCGACGACGAGCCUCUCGAAAAAAGGCUCAAACGCAUGCAUUGUAAGGAAAAAGAAAAACUCAAUCGAGAUUCGCUCAGUGACCCGGUCCAAAACGUUCCCGAAAUUUCUUGCCCUCGCUCUUCCGUGCCAUUCUCUUUCGACAGAUUUGCAAAGCUUAGCGAAGAAUACGAUCAAUGAUUCCAGAAAGAUAACAAAUAAUGUAUUAAGUGUACUGAAAAACAAUAAAUUUUUUAAUUUUGUUUUUUA